AACCGUUUGGCUCUUUCUCCACAAGCAAGCAACCUUACAAUGUACCCCAAUUGCUUUUCAAUCUAAUUUUUUAAAGGAUUUAUCAAAUGCUACACUUAUGUAAUCAAAACACAUCGCUCAUUUGGGAUUUUAACUACCAAGCCGCAAUCUCGGAGUAGAUUUAUAACGCUUUAUUGUGACUAUAUUUUAGAAAAUAGCGGUGGAGGAAGAGAUUCCAUAUAAGGAGGACAGCAGAAAAGGCACCCGUUGUGUGAUCUGGACAGUUUAAACUGAAGAGGGAUUACUGUCAGAUAUCUGAAUGACACUCGGGCACAUGGUGCUGAGACUGGUGGACUGUACCCUUUCAAAACAUAUUUGUUGUGAAAACAGACUUACUACUGUGGCCUAUGUCCUGUUUGCUGACCUCAUGGUGUAACCAGGUGUAAAGAUGAGCAUAAGCAGUGAUGAGGUCAACUUUCUUGUGUACAGAUACCUACAGGAGUCAGGAUUUUCCCACUCAGCCUUCACGUUUGGCAUAGAGAGCCACAUCAGCCAGUCCAACAUCAAUGGAGCCCUGGUGCCCCCUGCUGCCCUCAUCUCCAUCAUACAGAAGGGCCUGCAGUACGUGGAGGCCGAAGUCAGCAUUAAUGAGGACGGCACGCUGUUCGACGGACGGCCGAUCGAGUCCCUGUCGCUCAUCGACGCGGUAAUGCCGGAUGUGGUGCAGACACGGCAGCAGGCCUACCGAGACAAGCUGGCCCAGCAGCAGGCGGCCCAAGCCCCCCCGGCCACCACCACCAACUUGACGGCCAAUGCCAAGAACGGAGAGAACACGGCCAACGGCGAGGAGAACGGAGCUCACACCUUAGCUAAUCUUGCACAUGCUGAUGAGGUGCUCUCUGUGUGCCAUACAGACAACCAUGUCGACAUGAUGGAGGUGGAUGGGGAUGUGGAGAUUCCCCAGAACAAAGCCAUGGUGCUCCGAGGUCACGAGUCAGAGGUGUUCAUCUGCGCCUGGAACCCUGUCUCCGACCUGCUUGCCUCCGGGUCUGGGGACUCGACGGCACGGAUCUGGAACCUGAGUGAGAACAGCACCAGCAGCUCCACACAGCUUGUACUGAGGCACUGCAUACGCGAGGGAGGUCAGGACGUCCCCAGCAACAAAGACGUCACAUCAUUAGACUGGAACAGUGAGGGUACGUUACUAGCAACCGGCUCAUAUGAUGGAUUUGCCAGGAUAUGGACAAAGGAUGGUAACCUUGCAAGUACCCUGGGUCAACACAAAGGUCCCAUUUUUGCAUUAAAAUGGAACAAGAAAGGAAACUUUAUUCUUAGUGCCGGAGUAGAUAAGACUACAAUCAUAUGGGAUGCUCACACAGGAGAAGCAAAGCAGCAGUUCCCGUUCCAUUCAGCACCUGCUCUGGAUGUGGACUGGCAGAGCAACAACACGUUUGCCUCCUGCAGUACAGACAUGUGCAUCCACGUGUGUAAGCUUGGCCAAGACAGGCCUAUCAAGACAUUCCAAGGACACACAAAUGAAGUGAAUGCAAUCAAAUGGGAUCCAACCGGUAACCUGCUAGCCUCUUGCUCAGAUGACAUGACGCUGAAGAUCUGGAGUAUGAAACAGGACACGUGCGUUCAUGAUCUGCAAGCUCACAGCAAAGAGAUCUACACUAUCAAAUGGAGCCCCACCGGUCCUGGAACCAACAACCCCAAUGCCAAUCUGAUGCUUGCCAGCGCGUCCUUUGAUUCGACGGUGCGGCUGUGGGAUGUGGACCGAGGCAUCUGCAUCCACACGUUAACCAAACACCAGGAGCCUGUCUACAGUGUGGCCUUCAGCCCAGACGGCAGGCAUCUGGCCAGCGGCUCCUUCGACAAGUGUGUUCACAUCUGGAACACGCAGACUGGCGCUUUAGUCCAUAGUUACAGGGGGACAGGGGGGAUCUUUGAAGUUUGCUGGAAUGCAGCAGGUGACAAAGUGGGAGCAAGUGCAUCAGAUGGAUCUGUUUGUGUAUUAGAUCUGCGGAAAUAACACUGCUUGUUGGAAGCCAUGGACCGACAAUGAAUGUGUACAUAGCCAAAAUGACUGUCCCUGCCCCAUGCACUGCUAGUCCCGCUUAAACCAUGGCUGGCCACUACAGACCAGAAACAAGCACCCCGACACAGCAGAUUCAGGAGCAAGGACACGCUCUGUGCAGCAAGUCGUUAGAACCAGAGACAUUAAAGGGACACAGACAAAAAAAUGUAAAUUAAGAAAAGAAAAAAGCAGAUCUGUAUAUGUACCAACAUUUGGAAGCUAUUUUGCUUUUUGAUCUUUAAACCAUGCUCAUCAAGACAAAAAAAUAUGUUUUAACUUUAUUGGUAGUUCAGUCUCUGUGUGCUGACAUAUCGGCUUUCCAAUCCUGCGGCCGGCAGUUAGGUUUUUAACAAAAUCAUUUAUAUUAUUUCAAUGUUUAAGUUUAUAUUUUUUGGGGUCACAAGUGGAGGAGUCAUCUUUUUAUACACACUCACAAAACUGUUAUUUGAAAAAAAUCAUAUUUGGUAGUGUACGCUUUGUGGUUCAAAACAAUAUCGGGACUUGAAGAAAAAUGUCAUUUUUUCAAUUGUAGUUUUUACUGUUGACAUCUAAAUGCAGUAGUUUUUUUAUUUAUUUUUUCUAAAGAAUACAUUGUUUCUCCUGACCAUAAUAUGAGUACAAAUUAACAUGGGCGCACAUGAAAGAAGAGGCAUUAUACAUCUAGAUGCUUUAAAACCAUGUUUAUGGUUGGUUUGUGCACCAUCGAUUUCGCUAGAGAAACAUUCCAUGAUUCCCUCCUGGACAAAGCUGUACUGCUGUAGCUAUCAUGUGGAAACACAUCAGGUAUUGGAUCGGUUAAAGAAGAGAAGCAGACAAAUCAGUACCUAAUGACUCUCCCCCCCCCCCUCUAGUGUGAAGGAUUGGAACUGUGAUGUACACUGGACCUUUCACAACAGUGUUACCACUGGGGAAACACGGAGGCCCCUUUUACAACAUAUAGCAAAAAGGGAAGACUUGCUUUAAGUUUUGUAUUCUUCUAAUGACUACUUAGCUGAUAAUGUGUUUCUCUCACUGAUUAUUUUCAAGUACAUUUCAUAUUGCUGAUUUAUCAUAUUUGUGUCACAACAAAACUUCCAUUAGGGUUUUACUCAAAAUGGUUUACAUUUUUAUAAGACAAAGUUUUUUUUUAUUCCUCUAGAUUAUUUCCCAAACUAGAUAUUGACAGUGGUUAUUUGGAUCACAAAUAAGCAAUGCUGUUUUCAGUGGAAAAAUUUAAUCUUAAAGCAAGUCUGGGUGUUGGGCCAAGAAUCAGAAAUCACGUGGAGUAACAUACACAUAUACAUUAUUUUUGUGCUGCAUUUUUUU